AUGUCGCAGCCUUUUGCUCCUCUGCCGUACAGAACAGAUCAUCGUAAGAGAUGUCUUGCUACAUUAUCACUCAUUUGUGAUGAUGAAUCAUUAUCAGAUGCACAAAUAAAGGCUUAUCAAACACGCCUACAAGAAUACCGCACAUUUUUGGAUGCAGUCAGUCGCCUUGCGCUUUGUAGCAAUGUAUGCGUGACAGAAGAGGCUGUCACAAUAGGAGAGCAUGGUUUACUAACUGGAGAGUCCUUAAACGCACUUCAACAUGCCGGGGCGAUAUCUGUGUAUAAUACGCUGCAGCAAAAUAAUUGGGAAUUUCCUAUUUCUGAAGAGGGUGAAGUAGCCAUAGUUAAGGCUCAUGUUCCUAUUCCUGAUGAGUUUUUAGAUUCUGAAAAACCUAUUCGUUCUGACUGGCCCGCAGUUCAUAUUUCAGAAUGCUUUGUUGAAGGUGAACGAGCAAAACUUCACGGUUCUGUCCGGCCACUACGAACUUUCUUACCGCCUACUAUUGUUUUUCGUAAUGCUGCAGAUGUAGAUGAAGAUGCUCCAGAACCAGAAGUCAAUAUCAUAAAUUCUGGUCCAGAAGGAAGCAUUGAAAUAGUUCAAUCAUUUAAGGGUUUAUCAGUUAAAAAGCCAUGUAAAGAUGGUAAAGGAGUUAAGUACAUUCCAAUCGACGAGUAUUAUUUUGGGCGCCAAGAUGGAAAUGCUGAUUAUGUGGAAGAAAAAGGUGAUUUCAGAUUUAAAUGUGCGGUUUGUCAACGGAUUUUCUACUCAAAUACGAAAUUAAUGUCUCAUAUUCUUGGUCAUGUUGAUGAGGCUUCACAAGCUUGCCUAGACACUGCAGAUACUACACAAUGUUCCGUUUGUAAUCAAAUGUUCUCUUGUGCUUUUGAUCUAAGAGAUCACAUUGAAAAAGAGCAUACUGUUCCAACUUCUGAUUCAAAUUUGGUAGAUGAUGAAGCAAAAACGAACCCCCUUGUUCAAAUCACCUCCCAGCUACUAACUCAACAACGAAUAGGAGAUGGUCAUGAUGAUCCUGUCAGUAAUUUUGACCAUAUGGAGAUUUUAGCACCAAACUUUAAUGGUAUCACAAAUACACCCAGUUGCCGCAUUUGUGGGAAAGUUUCUGCCAGCAAAUUACUAUUAGCACAUCACCUUCAGUCCACUCAUCGUCAACGUGAAAUGCCUUAUGUUUGUCGCCUAUGCUUGUUUCGAUCAUCUAUGUAUGAAGACAUACUGGAUCACUUCAAAAAGAUGCAUGAUAGCUCAAACCAUUUACUUUGUACCUAUUGCCUUCGUAUAUUUACCCCUUCGGAUGCGCGUUCGAACGCUCAACCAGUUUGUCUGUCAGCUUCUGGUGGGAUAAGUACUGUAGGCCUAGGUUUAGGUGUUGGUCAGACGCAAGUUUAUCUUCAACAUUUACGUCUGCAUCAGAUCAAACACCAACUUCGUCGAUGUCCAACGUGCCGUUUAAAUUUCACUAAUAAAUCAGACUACCAAGUACAUCGACGCCUAGAUCAUAAAGCCACAAGAGACCUAGGUACUGAGAAGCCAGAUCUUCGUCAAGAUUCAUAUGAGCUAGAAUGUUAUCAAACAAAACAACAUACGACACAGGCUACUGAGAACUUCGGCGAUCACAACACAUCCAUAGAUUCGAUUCGUAUAGUUCGACCACAUGUAACAUCAAUGAAUGCUCCGGAGGCUGGUUGUGCAAAAAACUUAGCUAUAAACUUCUUACCUGAGAAUAUUGAGAGUUUGGAAUGUCUGGAGUGUGGAAAACGUAUGGGUGAUUCUGAACAUGCGCAAUAUUUACCGUGUUCCGUGUGCAGAUUUGCAACAUGCUGUAGUGUUGGCUUUCAGCGUCAUUUUCAAAAACUUCAUGUCUAUUCGAAUGCUUCUCAAUCAACAGAUCUUGAUUGUGGUAUGCCAAUGGUUCGUCAGAUCUUUUUCGACUGGUGCAAUGAAUACAAUCUUCCAUGCAACGACAAUGCGUCAUCGGGACUAGCGACUGUUUCAGGUGAUCGACAAGAUCUUGUCGUAAAUGAGAUUACGGAUUUGACACCUAGUGACAUGGGAAAUUUUACAACAAUUGUCUUUACUGACGAAUUGGGCAAUGUUGUGAAUGUACCAGAAACUGAGAAGCAAAGUUUAACGAAGCAGCCUAACCCGAAUGACUCUAUAAGAAGAUAUAUGGAAAGUCAAGUCGAUUCACGACUUCUAUACUGUUCACACUGUGGAACAAGUAACCUAGAUGGCAAUAGUCUUGCACGACACCUUGUUGAAGAAUGUGGAACACUAACUGCAACGCUGCGUCCAGACAUGUCAAUAUCAUUUGCACAGACAGAAGCUAGACAAAGUGAAGCUUCUGAAAAACAUCAAGAGUCGGAUCGAAAUGAAAGUGAUAACCCAUAUGGAACUACAGAUCAGAAGAUUAUCAUGAUUAGUGAACCUUCCUUAUUGUCUACAUCAACUACCAAUAUUUCCGAUAAUGAUGUGGUUAUGAUGACCGUUGAUACAGACCAGGCACAGUCUAUGCGACUUAUUGAGUCACAAGAAGAUCAAACAGCCAUGCUCAGCGGAACUCAGAUUACAACUCAAAGCGAUGGAACAACCACCAUUGAUGUAACUGAUGAAGGUGGUGAAGUGGUACAACAAUUUAUACUUCCUGAUGAUCUUCAACUUGAAGAAGGUCAGACAUUAGUAAUGAUUCAAGGUGAAAAUGGUCAACCUCAACUAGCAAUUGUAAAUCAAGCUGACUUAAUAAACGAUAAUAAUUCAGAAAUAUUAGUACAGACUGAGAAUGGUGAAGCUAAUGAUAUCCUGAUUUACACUAAUGGCUUAGAAACUCAAGUUGAAAGUUCACAAUUAAACAGAGGAGAAGAAGAAAAAGAAAAUCAACAAUUCAUUGUAUAA